CUUAAGUGUCAAACACUUAAAAACGCAUUCUUCUUUUAAACUUGGGAAGUUUCCCUUGCAGUUAUUAUUACAUACAUACUAGAAAAAAAUGGGUUUCCGUUUACCUGUUAUUCGAAGGACAUCAUCAUUCUCAGCUAGCCAAGCAGCUUCAAAAUCUGUGGAAGUCCCAAAGGGGCAUCUAGCAGUGUAUGUCGGAGAGAAACAGAAGCGGUUUGUGAUCCCCGUUUCAUACUUGAACCAACCUUCAAUCCAAGACUUGUUGACCCAAGCUGAGGAAGAGUUUGGAUAUGAUCAUCCUAUGGGAGGUCUAACAAUUCCAUGCAGUGAAGAUGUCUUCCAACAAAUCACUUCUCACUUGAAUUGACGACGAAUCGCAUGCUGUAGGAGACUGACAUAGAUUAGUAUACACAUUUUGUACAAUAGGUUACUUGUAAAGAUUACACAUUUUUUUAAGUAAAUGAAAGAAGAAUGACCAUUACUAUGACAAGUUCAAAGUGUUUCCUCUG